AUGGCUGCGGAGGAAAGAGAGCUGCGGGACCAAUGGGAGCGCGGGGGCCCCCCGGGGCGGAGCGGGGCGGAAAUCGCCACCGUUCCCAGUGCGGCCGCCGCACUGUGCAGGAUGCGGGGCAAGGAUGAGGAGUACGACUUCCUCUUCAAGGUGGUGCUCAUCGGGGACUCCGGCGUGGGGAAGAGCAACCUGCUGUCCCGCUUCACCCGCAACGAGUUCAACCUGGAGAGCAAGAGCACCAUCGGGGUGGAGUUCGCCACCCGGAGCAUCCAGGUGGACAACAAGACGGUGAAGGCGCAGAUCUGGGACACGGCCGGGCAGGAGCGGUACCGCGCCAUCACCUCCGCGUACUACCGCGGGGCGGUGGGAGCGCUGCUGGUGUACGACAUCGCCAAGUAUCUGACGUAUGAGAACGCCGAGCGCUGGCUGACGGAGCUGCAGGACCACGCCGACGCCAACAUCGUCGUCAUGUUGGUGGGCAAUAAGAGCGACCUGCGGCACCUGCGCGCCGUGCCCACCGACGAGGCCCGGAGCUUUGCAGAGAAGAAUGGGCUCUCCUUCCUUGAGACGUCGGCUCUGGACUCCACCAACGUGGAGAUGGCGUUCCACAACAUCCUCUCCGAGAUCUAUCGCAGCGCGGCACAGCGGCAGAUCGCGGCGCAGCCCGAGGCGCAGCUCAGCCCCAGCAGCUCCGUGGAGCCCAUCCAGGUGCUGCCCACGCAGGACGGCCACCAGACGCAGUGCUGUCAGAGCAUCUGAGCCUCUGCUCAGCACCUUCCACACCGACACUGCGGGACGCUGCUGUGUGCUGCCUUCCUCCCCGUGUUUAUGUAGGACCUGCAGCGAAGGAAGGGAGAAGCAUCCCUGUUCUGUCCCUGUGUUUAUGUAGGACCUACACCAAGGGAAGGGAGAAGCAUCCCUAUUUUGUACUCGUAUUUA